AGCCAACCAGAUCUUAAGUGUACAAGUUUGAAUAACAGCAGGUAGUUUGAGCAAGAGCGUGAGAGAGCCGGAAAGGAGGAGAAUACUAAGAAGAUUACAAAGAUGGAGACGACCUCCCGAUUUGCCUCUCGAAUUCGUACAGAUAUGAGUGUGGAAAUGAUCAGGGUGAAGAUGGCACGCAGGCGCUCGCAAAGUCAAAAGGAAAACCGGGACCGUCUGUUAAGUGCCAAAAGAGGUUUAAGUGUUCUGGACCCCAAUAUUUCUACAGUGAUAGAAGUUGAAAAUUCAGCAUUUGAAGAAAGCUGUCUUAGUCAAAAAAAAGUGAUGGUGAGCUGUGAGAACAAUGCUGCCGUGGAGCGCCAGAAGAUGUUACAGCGCUACAAAGAAGCCAAACUCGUUACUAAAAUGAAGGAGCAAAGAGAGAAAGCCAAAAAGGGGGUCUUCAAGGUCGGAGUCUUCAAACCAGAACCGCAGAUCUUUUUGCCGCUGCCAGCUCUUCCACACGGAUACACGGUGCAGCCCAAGGCCCAAUCUCGUCCUCCUACCAUCAGCCAGACCAGAAUCACACGUUCGAUGGUUAAGAAGCCACCCGAUUCAAAGGACGCUAAGCGUUUUCCAGAAAGUGCAGUUAAGAAGACAGAAACAGUAGUUAAUAAGAAACAACCAACUGCCCCGCCACCUGCUUCACGCAAAGCUGUGCAGCCUCCCAUCCAGAGUAAAGCCCCCACUGCCAGAGCAGUCAAGACUCCAUCCACCCAGCUAAGCAACAGUAGGACCACUCGGCAGCCUGUGACGGGAAAAGGUCCUCUGAAGGACACCAAGGGAAGCGCUAAAAAUGAAACGGUGAAGUCCUUUGAAAAGAAGUCAACGUUUCCUUCAACCAUCCCAACGGUUGACACUAUUCAUGAACUGGCCAAGCAGCCGAUACCCGAAGAAGCACAGCUACCAGAUGCUUUGCCGCACUCUCCGGUAAAGCAGGCCAGCGUGGAGGAGGUAGAAGUGGAUGAGGCAGCCUCAUUCGCCCCUCCUAAUUUUGUAUUCCAGCCGCCUGAGAGUCUGCGGGUGUUAUCCAUAUCCCCCAUGAGUCCACGUAGUGCGGAUGCAUUCCUGAUGCCUACUUUACAAUGGAAUUCAUUUGAUGAGAGCAAAAGGAGCAGCUCUCAGGACAGUUCCAUUUUGCCUGACACCAUGUCAUCCCCCAGUGGGCCUGUGCAGGAAAAUGAUGAGGUCUUCUCCUUUGCUAAUUCAUUACCUUGUAAGAAAGAGGAGCCAGUCUGUGUAUCUAUUGAUGACGAGGAAGAGGAUGUUACUGCAGCACCUUGCGAGGUUCCCAUCUGCCCCUCUGAGGAAAGUUCUGUUGCUUCUCCCGUUCUGGGCGAUCCAGUGGCUGCCGUAGAACAUCACCAAGAGAAUACUGCCCAACAUUCUUCUCCGUCUUUAAAAGAUUUGGAAAUUCCUGCUAGUUGUGCCCAUCUUGUGCCUGUGCCCGACCAUGCAGGAUCAGAGACAACUGAUCAAGUAGAAAUGCGUAAUUUGGAGGAACAAAAUGAAGAAACCCUGCAUGAUGUUCUCUAUUUCAGGAGAGUUAUUCAGCAGGAAACGGACAGACUAACUCAUCUUUGCGUUUGUUGGGAGUGCAAGACAGAAGGAGAUGGGAUUCCAGAAGAAGUUGGUGACCAGAUCAGGACUACAGUCGGGCAGGCACGUCUCUUAAUGGUAGAAAGGUUUAAACAGUUUGCUGGACUGGUGGACAACUGUGAAUUCAAAAGAGGAGAGAAGGAGACAACUUGCACGGAUCUUGAGGGAUUCUGGGAUAUGGUUUACUAUCAGGUUGAGGAUGUCAGUAAAAAGUUUUCUCAUUUGAGCAAACUUGAGGAGAACGGAUGGAAGGAGGUCACACAGACGGCGCCUCGCGUUCGGAAAACAAUUAAGAAAGCAGCAGCAUCCAAACCCUUGAAGACGGAGGGUGCCAGCACAGCGGCAGCCAAGAGCCGACUGGCAGCAGUGAAAGCUGCUAUGAAGGCACGGAAGCAAGCGGCACCGAGUGUUAGUGAGUCACCUGCGCCCAUGGUUGUGUUUGAUGCCGGAUUCUUCAAGGUUGAAAGUCCUGCUAAAAUUGGCCUUGCUGAGAGGACGCCAUAUAAAGCGACCCCACACAGUGUCUCCAAAUUUGCAGCCACUCCACGGAACAGAGUAGAGCACAACAACUCCAUAGCUCUGGCGUGCCCUGCUCUUGAGGCGUUGCAGAGUUCGGAGUCUCCAUGCCGCUUCCCAGAUGCACAAGUCCAGUGUUCACCUCAGAGUUCAGCUAUGGAAAGCAUGCACCUUGUAAAUGAGGAAACUGAAACUAAACUGAAAUCGCCCACCAGUCCUGAAAGUGCAGAUAGUUCCAAGGUUGAAGAGCCUUGCCAAGAUUUCGAGAAGUACCUACAGCCCACAGGGUGCAUCGCUGAGACACCUGCCAUCUGUGAUGAGGACUAUGAGUUGACCCUGCUCAGAACACCUCUACUUGAGGGGACACCACAGGAUACUCGCGUUUCUGAUCUGCAGGAUGUGGAAAUGUCCAGCCCCGCACCCAAAAUAAUGGAUACCUCAAGAGUCGUUGAAGAGAGUUUCCAGGACAACCAAAUUACAGUUCAGACCCCCUGUGGUGAUGAUACCCAAGGAGCUGUUAAUGCCGACCUCCUGCCCUUCACACCUCCUGUCCUGGGCCCCGUACGACAGUCGCUUGCAUGGCGGGAUUUGAUGUCAUUUACACCCCCGGGAAUGGCCCUGGAUGAAGACUAAACACGAAGAAAAAUGUGACGUUUGUACAGUUAAAGUGUGACUGCUGCCUUAUUAGGUUUU